AACAAACGAAGGAACUCCGUUCAUUCGGCUGCUAGACGAUCAUCUCUUUUGAUUUCAGCGUUCGGCGGAAUACUUCGACUUCGACGUCGAUCGAAGAACAUGCGCCACCGAUCACGCUUUCGGAAUGAACAUCAGCGAGAAUCGGAGUCGUCACCUGUUCGUCAACCGUCGCCGGCGGCGGCGAUUCUCACUGAUCGGACGCCUAAGGAAGGGGAGCAAAGCACCGGAAUACGAAUAAUCGUCUGCUCUGCUUCAAAGCUGCCAACGGAAAUGGAACCAGUGCAGCAAAUAGAGAAGAUUCCAACCCAUUGAAGGAUCUGCCUGACAUGUCCUUUAUUUUUUUUUUUAAAAGAAGUGUUUUCUGAAAGUUAUAUUUUUAAUCGCA